AUGACAAAAAUAGCUGAUCUCAUGAGUCUUUUCAUGAGAGAAUCAUUAGAGUUAAACGCCUUUUUUAUUUAUUUUAGAUAGGCUAUACUAAUGAAUAUUUAAUUAAAAUAAAUGCACAGUAAAUAUUUGAUAAAAUUAAUUAAUAAACACCAACAAGAAAAUUUUAGAAAAAGAUAAGAAAUCACAGUAAAAAAAAGUGGAAGUAUUUUCUAAUCUGCCGAAAUUUCUCUAUAAAAAUAAAAAAUAUUAGAAUAAUUUUCAAAUUCUAAGCUUUGGAAUGGUGUUAGCUACUAAAAAAGUAAAGCUUGA